AUUAACCCGUUGAAAGGAUACGGUUCCGAAUCGAACCCAAACUUCCAAUUCUUGCAUUCGUCGGAACUCAGGAGAGUCACGACGGCGCGCAUGGCGACGGCGGCGCUCCGCUGCUUCCCCGGCUCCGCUAUCAGUAGUGGCUUCGUCAGGCCCUCCUCCCGGCGGGGCGCCGUGGCUGCGCCGUCGCGGGAGGCCGAGCCGGCCUCUUCGCUGGGGGACCGCACCCGCCUCGACUUCCCCAUCCUUCACCAGGAAUUUAAUGGUGCCAAGUUAGUUUACUUCGACAAUGGUGCAACAUCGCAAAAACCUUUAUGUGUAAUAAAAACACUAGAUGAGUACUACCGAUCUUACAAUUCAAAUGUUCACCGUGGCAUUCAUGCACUCAGUGCGAAGGCUACUGAUGCAUAUGAGGGUGCAAGAAGAAAAGUUGCAAAUUUUAUCAACGCAGCUGAUAGCAGAGAGAUUAUUUUCACUCGUAAUGCUACUGAAGCUAUCAAUUUGGUGGCCUAUUCAUGGGGCCUAUCUAACUUAAAACAAGGAGAUGAGAUUGUUCUUACAGUUGCGGAGCAUCAUAGUGCUAUUGUACCAUGGCAAUUUGUUUCCCAGAAGACUGGUGCCACCUUGAAGUAUGUUGGGCUGACUAAAGAAGAGGUUCCAGACAUUGAGCAGUUAAAAGGGCUUCUGUCAAAGAAGACAAAGAUUGUUGUUGUCCAUCAUGUCUCAAAUGUACUGGGUUCAAUGCUUCCUAUUGAGGAGAUAGUAACAUGGUCAAACAAAGUUGGAGCUAAAGUUCUUGUAGAUGCCUGUCAAAGUGUUCCCCACAUUCCAGUUGAUGUUCAGAAGCUUGGUGCUGAUUUUCUCGUUGCAUCUUCUCAUAAGAUGUGUGGCCCUACAGGCGUAGGAUUCUUGCAUGGCAAAUUUGAGACCUUGUCAUUGAUGGAGCCUUUCUUAGGUGGUGGUGAAAUGAUUGCAGAUGUGUUUCAAGACAAAUCCACAUAUGCUGAGCCUCCUUCUAGAUUUGAGGCUGGAACUCCUGCAAUUGGAGAAGCCAUAGGACUGGGAGCAGCAAUAGAUUAUCUGUCACAUAUUGGCAUGGAGCAGAUCCAUGAAUAUGAGAAAGAGUUGGGGAGAUAUCUCUAUGAAAACCUUCUUUCUGUUCCGAAUGUCAGGAUCUAUGGUCCAUCUCCUUCACAAACUGAUCACCGUGCUCCUUUGUGUUCUUUCAAUAUUGAGAAUGUUCAUCCUACAGAUAUUGCAGAAAUUCUUGAUCUCCAGCAUGGAGUAGCAAUUCGGUCAGGGCAUCAUUGUGCACAGAUUCUGCAUCGGACCCUUGGUAUCAAUGCGAGUGCUCGUGCAAGUCUUCACUUUUACAAUACAAAAGAGGAGGUGGAUGUCUUCGUCCAUGCGCUUAAAGAUACUAUUGAUUUCCUCACUUCUCAAUACUAGUGCAGUUCAAUUAGUAAGUUAUCCCUUUUUGCCAGUUUAUUCAUUAUCUCGUUUGGGCUUCUGUAUGAUAUAGUUGGAACAAAGAAAACGUCCAAAGUGUAUAUCUACUCAAACUGUCUACUACCUUUUUGGCUGUUCUUGUAAAAGCGUGUACGGAGUACAAACAUGCCUUUUCUAAUCGUCAUCCACAUGAGAAGUGCUGGGAUCAGUGUUA